AUGCACGAUCGACCCAUAACGGAAAAUAAACGAAUAAACAAAAUUGUUAUAUUACCCAACUCUCGCAACUCAAAACUGUCCGGGAAGCCUUUUGGCCGAAGCUCUCCCGAACUAUAUAAUCUUAUUACCCAACAAAUGGUAAAGAAACCCGCUCGCUCUCUCCCGCAGAUCUCGCAGGUGUUGGGUCACAAUGAGCACCUCUACGUCAAGCUCCCCAAGGGCUUCUGGAGCGCCCACGUGAUCAUGGGCGCGGGCGUAACCAUGGAAGCCGUUCUGCUCCUUCUCGCGCCCUCCAUCGCCUCGUCUUUGGGCGUCACGCCGCAUCUGGAUGAGGACGCCACGCCCGCCGCUCGGGUCGCUGGUGCCGCCCUGGCCGGCCUGUGUGUGUUCGUCUGGUCGCUCUUAGGAACCUCGGACAAGCACUACGCUCGGACGAUGCUGCUCUCCAUGAUAACCUACCACGUCCUUGCUGUCUGUGUAGCUGGUGCCGCCGCCUUCACCGAGGACGACGCGGACGCCGUGGAUGAGUACCGCCUGGCAAUGGUCGUGGCCCUCCGAGCAGCUAUGUGUCUCCUUUGCUUAGCCUACUUCUACUCCAUCGCUGGUUACACCCCUAUACGUGGACAGAAACCAUCUGGCUUCCCGCAGUCCAGCUGUAGCCGUAAAGAAAAUUGAGGAAAGAUGGCCCAGUGGGUGUAUGGAGAUGAGGGCCUUGGUUGGUGGGGUUGAAAAAGUAAUAGGUAUUUCAACCUACAUAGUGAAGGGAGGGUCCAAGGUGGUCUUGGAAAUUCAUAGAAAAAAAUAAAUACAGUACCUGGAUUUUUUUCUUGUUUUCUGUUUAUAGAGGUAACAGAAAGUAUAAAUUGUCCAGAUUAUUUUUGCUUUUAUAAAAUACAUUUUACAAAAGAAGUUUGGGGGAUGUAUGCAAGCACUUUUUUAUGCACAUUUUUUUAAGUUGUCAAGGAAUAGAAUUCAGUUUUUGAUGGGGGUGAAAGUUAUUUUACAAGAUCUCAUAUUCGUUAUAACUUUCUUGUACAAUAUAACCAAGAAAUAUAUACCCCAUAAAGAAUCAUGUAUUUGACAGUUAAUAUUAAAGUUUGCCAAUGAAUGGUAAUUCACAUAUAUAGAACAAGUAAAGCCAAUAUAGAUUUUUCUUUUGAAAUGCUAUGUGUAUAUAUUUUUCAUAGAGACUUUAUUGUAAUUUGAGUCAUAAAGAUAUCGCAUCCAUAAAAGAGCAACAGAAGUAUGCCAGAUGUGACACCAGCUCACAGAAAUCUGCAUUUGUGCUUGCAUAAAUAAUAGCUUUUUAACAGCUCCCACACUACAGAUGCCAUGAUAAUGCAUCAUUUGCUGUGAAGCUUAUCGCUGAAUAUAAACACAAAGUGAGAUAUGAAGUAGUUCUGAUAUAUGGUAACUGUGUAGUAAUGAUUUAUGCAAAUGCUAGGAUGGCCAUACAAACCAUACAGCUACAAGGGCAAGAAAUGUGCAAAGAUAAAUUGCUUUUUUCUCUCUUUUUUUCCAGCAAAAAAGAUGAUUAAUCGGAUGGUUGUCACUAAUUUCUUUCAGACAAAGUCAUCAUAACAUAAAUAAUCUGGUAUAGAUCAUCAUUCCUCAAAAAAAAAGUCAUUUCAUUUUAUGUAUAGUUCAUGGAAAGUCCUUAAGUGUUUUGAUAGAUGUAAAUGUAAGGAAUGACUUAAAGUAGAUGAUUCAUUGUCUUAACUGUUGCUGUAUUUACCAAAACAGUCAUACAAGACAGACUUUGACUAUAUCUAUGUGUAACUUAUUGAAUGGUUGUCUUGAAUGUUGCCAUCAGGGUGGUAGGUUAAAAGAAGCACUAUCUUGCUGUUGUUGUGGUCAUAGUGUUAUUAAAGUAAUCUGCACAGUGUUUCUGUGGAAAAGUAGCUCAUUUCUGUAUAUCUGUUAAAUGUGAGGCCUCAUUGGUUUGCUUUGUGUGUUCCAAAUUCCUAUCUGAUUAUAAAAGAAAAAAUUACAAUACAUUUUUCAUCUGAUUUUUUUUUCUUCUUGUUUUUUAUUCUUUUUAAUUUCACUGAAUUAAGUGAUCAUAUUGAUUUUUAUGACCUCGAGAGUAUAUUUUAAAAUAGUUUAAUAUUAGUCUUUGAUAACUCCUAUAUAUAGUUAGCUCAUAUUUGCUGCCCUAUCAGAAAUCUAGCAUUUUAUAUGUUAGGUAGAUUUAUAUACUGUCACUAGAAGUAUGAAAAUACAAUGAAAAAAGUACCAUGACUGUAUGAUGUACUCUGACCAAAUAUUGAAUUUACGGUAUUCUGAAAUGGAUUGAAAUGGAAGGAAUUAUAUGAUGAAUAGUUUUGGUAUAUUAAAAUUGUUGUAACAGGUAGGUAAUAUGUUUUUAAACAGGUUGCUUUUGGAUACCAAAACAUAUUUUGAUUUAGUUAAUAUUUUCAUGUACUCUGAAUAAUCUACUGAUUAUUUUACAAACAUGACUUUCAUGUUUCUUUGAUUUUUACUACCUAUUUCAAAGAAAAUUUCAGUUUGAAAAAUACCAUCUAGACAUUUCCUGGUAUAACAAGAUUUGAUGAGAUGCAAUGUUUAUGGAAAAUCUGUAGAACAAAUAUUCACAAAAAACGAUAACUAGACUGGUCUACAGGAGUCUAUUAGAAAUAACCUUGGAGUUGUAUGUGUAUGUGAAAAGCAGAAUAUGUAGGAAAAUAUUCACAGCCUUAGAAAUAUUUAUCCUUCAGCAGCAUUUAUCAUGAGUAAUAUUGAGUAGUUGUUUAUUUUUUUUACUACUUUCCAUUUAUGUAAUAAAACACUGAACCAACAAGUAUUAAUUAACCAAACUUUGAUACAGUGCUUAUGGAACUGUUAUUAUUUCAGAGAUUUUUCCAUGUUUUUUCAGCUACCUCUUUGCAUAAAAAUGUUGCCCUUAAUAUGUUGAUUUCUUUUAUAUACUAUGAAAAACUUUUCUGUGUUUCUGAUGCUGUUUCUGCAAGUUUGUCCUUAGCUUUAUAUGGUACUAUAAGAUUCUAUUAUUUUGCACAUGAAUUUUGCACUAGAUAUUGAUUUGGAUGUGUUUUGAAAUAACAUGAAGCAGUUUUUCAUAGUGGUUCUUUAGCAAAGUAUUGUUUACAGUAGAAGUUAACAUUGUUAACAUUUUUAGCCAGAAUGUUAAAAUAUUAUCUUUAAGUUAGAAAAGCCACUUGUAAAAGUGUCACUAGAUUUAUAAUCUCAUUUUAGCAUCAGUAAUAGAUUUAUCAGCCAGUAGUGUGCCAUUAACCAUAUAUAUAAAACUUUAAAUACAUAUGGCAAAUAUAGAUCUCUGUAGUAGUCUUAAGUUUGCAAUCUGCUUACCUCAGUUUUAGAUCGGGCAUGCAAACAGAAAAAAUAUGUGUACUGGAGACAGCAGAUUCUUGCAAGCUUAACUCUACUCUCAAAUGCUGCAUAGCACAGAUUUUUUGGAGCACAACUAUAUCAUUGUUCCAAGAAGAUGCUCCAUAUGUAACAUUGUUAGAUACAUUAUUAUUGGUCUCUCAGAGUGUGACAGUAUAUAGGCACUCUUCUGCAUAGAAAAGGAGGAAUGCCUUCAUGAACCCAAGUCUCGUGGUACUUUUGAAGACUUGGUGAGAUUUCAUCAUGUCUCUAUCUCCUUUCUCCUGCAAAUUGGACAAGUCAUAUAAAGUUUAUAUUCAGGUAUUUGUAUUAGUAGAUUAAGAUAAUAAAAAUCCCUCAGAGACUCUUUAUACACUAAAAUUACUUUGCUUCUGUUUAUUCUCUGUUUUGUUUUUUCUCACUCAUUCAAAGAUAGUACUAUAAUAUAUUUCAUGUUUGACUGUUAUGAAGCAAGUAGAGCUAGUGUGAUGUAGAAUUUAAUAAUCUUAAAGUUUCCUGAUAUCCUGUAUUAUAGAUAUAUAUAUACAGUAUAUAAGUGUAAGUAUACAGAAAUGUCACACUAUGUUGUAAGAGCCAUUAUGUUUCCUAGUGGAUAUCCCCUUUAUAAUCUCUAACUCCUGAGUGUCUUUGGCCAUUAUUGGUGUGAUCACUAUAGUAAACUGAUGAUCUUUAUUGCAAAAGGAACUUAAUCUUUAAGAAUGAAUUCACUUUAUCUAGAAACGUGUAUUCUAGAGAUAUAAUUGAUGAAGGCAUUAGUGAACUAUAAAAAUGAUUAGUUGUUAGAGUUUACGUCUUUGUCUAAACCAUCUCACUACCCAUAAAAAAGCCUCUCUAGCAUAUAGUUUGGUAAUUACCAAAAGCAUAGAAAGAGUAUGUAGUAUAUGAAAUGUAGUAGUACAUGUGCAUCAAAUUAUAAAAUCUGGUUUAUAUUAGAAUAUCCAGUCAACGUAGGCUCUCUGAAGCUAUACUAACAAGCAAAGGAAGAGGAUUUCAACCAAAGGUAGCCAAAACUACAUAAAGGGGGCAUCUCCUGGGAAACAAGGAGUGUGCUAUACUGAGCCCUUUUCAAGGUAUCCCCAAAGUGGGAACUUUAUACUUAUUCCAAGUGACUGUAAAUACAUAAAAGUAAUAAAAAAAAAAAAAAGUAUUUAUAUAAAUACAUGAAAUUUGGAAGUAGGUAAUUUAUGUAAUUAUAUAACUACAAGAAAUACUAUAUCAGUUAUGGGGGAACAAUUGUCUAUACAUAUUUUAUUAUAAAUUGUAGCAAAUAAAUAGGAUUGGUAGCUCAUGGAUCUCUUUCUGAAAUUUUAUACAUAUAUGGUAGAUGUUAACAUACUUAUAUGGUGAUUUUUGAAGCAAAUGCUAAUCUAUAAGUUGCUUGCUAAAUCAAAAUAUUAGGAAUAUUAUUUGGAAACUUGCAUGCCUAAUUCUUUCUCUCUCUCUCUCUCUCUCUCUCUCUCUCUCUCUCUCUCUCUCUCUCUCUCUCUCUCUCUCUCUCUCUCUCUCUCUCUCUCUCUCUCUCUCUCUCUCUCUCUCUUUCCCAUAACCAUAAUUUUUUCAUUGAUCCUCAUUUUAUUUUUUCUCACUCUUUUGGUUUUGAUAAUUCUCAUACCUUCUUGCAUUCAUAUGUGUAUUAUCACUGAUAUUUGUUGCUGCAGUAAUAAAAUGUUUUGUCUGUGAACUUGCUUCUAUAUUCACUCUCAUAUUGUGUUGGCAAUACACUUUACAAAAGGAAAAUGGUCUAAGUACUCUGUCCACAUUCAUUAUCUGUAGAGGAAGUAUAUGAUAAAAAAUGUAAUGAUACAUAGGUGAAAAGAGAAUAAUGAUAAUUAUUUAUAUGCCUGGUCAGACUUUUUUGUUUACUUUUAAUUCUAUGAAAAUCCCAUUUUUUCAUGUUGGAGAUUUUUAUGUUAAUUAUGUGUAAUUCUCUUUUCUUAGCAUUAAGUAACAUCAUUCCAUAAUAUAGAGUAUUUGGGCUAUAAUGCACUAUGUGUGUCACCUCUGUGUGUUUGGCAAAGUAAAUGUAGUUGUAUCUUGUGAUCCAGUUCUGAAUGUGACGGCUGUUUAGCUCUACACGUGCAAGGUACAUCAUGAACAUGGAAAUAAUUUCUCUUUUGAUUAGACCUGGUACUCUCUUUGCAUUCCAUUGCAAAUUUAAAUCAUUACAGAAAUAUCAAAUGGAUAACAAAAAUAGUUAGAUUUAUGUUCUCUAAUGAUUCUCUUAAAUGCACAACUUAACUCAUAUAAAUAAGUGAUUUAGAUAAUAAAUAAAAUAGUUUGCUGCAUCAUUUAUAAUGAUUCCUGAAGAUAUUUCUUGAAGAAUAAAAAAAUGUUCAGUA